GGGCUUCUGCCAAUGCUGUUUUGCGAGUUACCUUUCUAGACAAGUGUGUAGCUUGCCUCUCAAGACGUAGCUGUUUGGAUUGGAUUUGCCAGUUGUGCGUCUGUCUAGAAGCGGAAAUGAACAAGAUAACAUGGCUUUGCAUUUUGGGAUUGGUCAUUGCAACUUUGCUUCCUGUUAGCCAGCAAACGGCUGAUGAAGCUGGGCUGGAGGCUGAUGUCUACAAAAAUGUCCAUGACUUGAAUUCCAGGAUUAAGCGACAUAGCGAUGGCACAUAUACCAGUGACCUUUCAAAAGCUCUGGAUCAAGAUUUAGCAAUGGAGUUUUUGCAGGAUGCUAUGAAUGGAAAAUUGAGCAAUAGACAAAAUGAAAGCUGAUGUCCUGUGGAACAAGCCCUAUCUGACAUUGGAGGACACUUUCUAACAAAAGAUUCCAGCAGUUCCUCUCACUCUACCAUGUUUCCAAGUUAGUAGGCUACAACUGAGCACAUUCAAUAAAGUCAAAUCAUGCAAACGCUA